ACAUUGGGUUGGGCGGACUCUAAUCACACCUACUGGUACUGGAAUUUCUCCUUUCCCUUCCCCUCAACCUUCGAACUCAACAGCGUCUCAACCCCAUGCUCUGACUCUGUCCGGUAUUUUCUCCAGAAGAUGAUCUGCCCCCAAAUUUCUCAAACCUGACAUACUAUACAAACAUAUAGACGCACACAUAUCACCUGAAACAACAAUAAUAUUUACAAAAUUAAAAAAAAAAAAAACCCCAAUGACAGAAGUCGAUCUGUCAAAGAAAGUCGCUGAUAGGUACCUGAAGCGUGAAGUGCUCGGUGAAGGUACAUACGGUGUCGUUUACAAAGCUAUUGAUACUAAGACAGGACAGACAGUUGCAAUCAAGAAAAUUCGGCUUGGCAAGCAAAAGGAGGGAGUGAAUUUUACAGCACUGAGAGAAAUAAAGCUGCUAAAAGAACUAAAAGAUCCAAACAUAAUUGAGUUAAUUGACGCAUUCCCUCACAAGGGAAACUUGCAUCUUGUGUUUGAAUUCAUGGAGACUGACCUGGAAACGGUUAUUCGCAACACCAAUAUAUUUCUUUCACCAGCUGACAUAAAAUCUUACAUGCAGAUGACUUUGAAAGGACUUGCUUUUUGCCACAAGAAAUGGGUUUUGCACAGGGAUAUGAAGCCAAAUAAUCUGUUGAUAGGACCCAAUGGACAGCUUAAACUUGCUGAUUUUGGUUUAGCACGCAUCUUUGGGAGCCCAGAUCGCAGGUUUACUCACCAGGUGUUUGCUCGAUGGUACAGAUCACCUGAGCUGUUGUUUGGGGCCAAACAGUAUGGUGCUGGGGUUGAUGUCUGGGCGGCAGGCUGUAUAUUUGCUGAACUUCUCAACCGACGACCAUUUCUGCAGGGCACAAGUGACAUUGAUCAACUAGGAAAGAUCUUUGCUGCUUUGGGGACUGCAACACCUUCUCAGUGGCCUGAUUUAGCAUACCUUCCUGAUUAUGUGGAAUACCAGUAUGUUGCUGGCCCCCCUUUGCGUUCAUUAUUUCCAACAGCUAGUGAUGAUGCACUAGAUUUGUUAUUGAAGAUGUUAACUUACGACCCGAAAGCUAGAAUUUCAGCACAGCAGGCAUUAGAGCACAGGUACUUCUCUUCUGCACCACUGCCUACAGAACCACGCAAACUUCCUAGACCUGCCUCUAAGCGGGUGUCUAAAGCUUCAGAUUUUAACCCUCAGGAGGGUCCUACUGUCUUAUCACCACCAAGAAAGUCAAGGAGAGUGAUGCCAGAACGUGAAGGAUUUGAAGGAAAUGCUCAUCGGCUUGAUAAGAUUGAGGAGCAUGCAGGUGAAGUGAAACAGGCAGAUGGUGACAUUGCUGGCAGGAAUGAAAAAGUGCCGAUGUCAAUAGAUUUCUCAAUCUUUGCAUCGAAACCCCCAAGUAGGCCUACAAUUAACAGUGCUGACAGAUUUCAUUUGAAAAGGAAACUAGAUCUUGAAUUCCAACACCCAGAAUAAGGAAGAAAAACCAAAUUAAUGUUGUCUUUACCCAGGUUUUUUAUGAUCAAGGGAUUUAUUAUUGCUCACCACUCAUUUAGGAGGUAUGCAAUGAUUCUGAAGUUUGUUAUAUUUAUUUGGCAGUCACCAGCCUGUUCUCCUCUGUAUGCAAGGACUUUUUCGGCUGUUUUUUGGCUUGAGAUCUUUAAGAGGAAUCAGUUCUUGUUGAAGUUGAAAUUCAUUCUUUUAUGAGAUUGAAAUGGGGGCUCAAAAAUAAUUGUAAAGAGAUAAAAAGAAAAAGAAAAAGAAAAAGAAUUGUUACUCCACUUUCCAAUUGAUCCUGUGUACUAGCCCAUGUAGGGCCAAAUUUUAAGGCGUUAAAUUUAUGAUUCUUAAUGAAAUUUGACACUUGAAGACAGUUGAAAUUGUGUUUGUGAGCACAUUCAGUUCUAUAUAAAGCAGAAUAUUAUCUACUAA